ACUACAAGUUCCAGCAUGCACCGCUCCCGCGCAGGUCGUACUACCGCAAGAGCCAAGGGCGAGUCAGCCCAGAGGCACCGGCCGGAAGUGUCGUCUUCACCACGUAGCACCCUCUGCGCAUGUGCACACGCCGCUGGGGCCGUCCUAGCUGCCUUCGCAGCCGCCGCCGGGCAACUCUAUGGUCUCUCCCUAGGGCUUCUCGGUUGGGGGCAGCUGCUGCGGACCUGUGGGUUGGCCGGCCCGAGUGGCAGCGACAUGGAGGAAUUCGAUUCUGAAGACUUCUCCUCCUCUGAAGAGGACGAGGACUACGUGCCAUCGGGUGGAGAGUAUAGUGAAGAUGAUGUAAAUGAAUUAGUGAAGGAAGAUGAAGUGGAUGAUGAAGAGCAGACACAGAAAACCAAAGGGAAAAAGAGAAAGGCUCAAAGCAUUCCUGCCAGGAAGAGAAAACAAGGUGGCCUCUUGUUAGAAGAGGAGGAGGAGGCCAAGAAGGAGUCUGAAGGAAGCAGCAGUGAGGAGGAAGAUGAAGCUACAGAACAGGAAAAAGGCCUUGGGUCAGAGUAUGCAAGGAAAAAGAAGGAGGAUGAACUCUGGGCCAGCUUCCUCAACGACGUGGGACCAAAAUCAAAGGCGCCCCCAAGUACGCUCGUUAAGAAAGGAGAGGAGACUGAAGAGACGAGUUCAAGUAACUCAUUGGUCGAAGUAGAAGAGCUAGAGAAACCUAAAGAAACAGAAAAAGUUAAAAUCACCAAGGUGUUUGAUUUUGCCGGUGAAGAAGUAAGGGUAACUAAGGAAGUGGAUGCUACAUCUAAAGAAGCCAAAUCCUUCUUCAAGCAAAAUGAGAAAGAAAAACCACAGGCUAAUGUCCCCUCAGCUCUGCCAUCGCUCCCUGCCGGCUCAGGAUUAAAAAGACCGAGUGGCAUGAGCAGCCUUUUGGGGAAAAUUGGAGCCAAGAAGCAGAAAAUGAGCACCCUAGAGAAAUCCAAAUUGGACUGGGAGAGCUUCAAGGAGGAAGAGGGGAUCGGUGAAGAAUUGGCCAUCCAUAAUCGAGGGAAAGAGGGGUACAUUGAACGGAAAGCUUUCCUAGACCGAGUGGAUCACAGGCAGUUUGAAAUCGAGCGAGAUCUCAGGUUGAGCAAAAUGAAGCCUUGAUGUUACGGGGAAAUCGACUGCAGCUUAAUCCUGUUUACAAUGUGAGCUUUUGUACGUCUGUGAAAUGUCCCGUGUUUCUUUCUCAUGAGCUGUUUCCCAGCAAGGUCUUCUUUUCUAUACUGAAGUUUUGUCUAGUGUCUUGAUCUCACAUGGUUUUGUCCAUUUUACUUUUGUUGGUUCUUAAAUAAAUAAAUAAAAUAAAA